AUGCUUCGUGUCUCUGCUAUCUUCAUGGCCUGCCUCCUUCUGGCAACCGCUGCCCCUACCACCCCUGAGAAAAGCAACGCUUGUCUCUCCAUGUGUCUGCAGGAGAAGCCUGCUUGCGCUAGUGAUGAACAUCCAACUGGCUCUGAGGGCUGCUGGGGUUGCUGCCAGAAAAUCGAAGCAGUAGCUGCCCCUGUCCAGAGCGAGUCAUGUCUCUCAAUGUGUCAACAGGAGAAGCCUAGUUGUGCUAGCGAUGAGAAACCCACUGGCUACGAGGGCUGUUGGGGCUGCUGCCAGAAAGUCAAGCCAACUGCGCCUGUCAAGAAGGAGAUGUGUCUCUCCAUGUGUCUGAAGGAGAAGCCUGCUUGUGCCAGUGAUGAACACCCAACUGGCUCUGAGGGCUGCUGGGGCUGCUGCCAGAAGAUCUAA